AUGAACGCAGAGACAGAAUAAAAGAUUAAACAAUAAAUAAUAAGAUGUGGUAAUAAUGCUCAUCACUUAAAAAACAUCAUUUAUUAAAUUUUCGAUGACUAAAUACCUGAAAUUAUGAUUAUUUCAGAUGAAGCUUCACGAAUUGAAGGUCUUUGUCACGAUAUGAUAAGACAAAAUCUCAAUUUUAGAUAUUUAUCAUGGUUUGAAGGGUGGAAGGUUCUUCUGAGAAGAAUUAAGAGGCACAUAAAAGUUUCUUAAAAAAUCAUUAAGUUUGAUGAGGAAAAUACAUAUUAAGCCUUCCCUGAUUAAGUAAAAGAGACCAUCAUAAAUUAUUUCUAAUUAUAAGAAGAAAUUGUUGAUAAUGUUGACUCUUAUUUGAAUAAGCUUUUUAUCUAGUUCACAGAUGUUAAAUGCGACUAGUUUUAAUACAGUGAAAAUAUAGAUAAUAAACUUUAUAAUUCUAUGGACUUUAAUUUGCUUAAUGAAAAAAAUUUUUGUGAAGAUUAAAUUGCUAAUUUGAAUGACCUUGUUUAAGUUGCUGUAGAAUCAUGCAACAGAGCCCAUAACAUUUAAAACCAUGUGGUUCCAUUUUAACAAAAAUAGGGAUUCGAAAGCUUUGCUUAUGAAUUAGCAGGUAAAUCAGGCGAAGUUGAAAACCAAUUUAGAGAAAUCCAAAAGAAUCUUAAAAUGCAUUCUCACAAUUUACAUGAAAUGAAGAACAAUAUCAAAAACCAUGCUAAUUAUGCUAAACUAAAAGUAAAAGAAAUUCUUGAAAUUCUGAAUAAAAUCUUAGUUGAUGAGAAAUUUAAAAAAUCUGAACCAAUAACAAAAUUAUGUGAGACAAUCAAUCAAAGCUGUGAAUUUUUCAGUACAAAAAUAAAUGAUCAGAUGAUCACAAAUACAGCUUGA